AUGGUUCGCAACCUUGUUGUCAUUGGAGGAAACUCCCACCCCCAGUUGACACAGACUAUCUGCGGUGUACUCGGCAUCCCUCCCGCUGAAGUUCUGCUCUCCAAAUUUGCCGUCGGUGAGACUCGGGUUGAAGUUCAAGAGUCGGUCCGUGAGAAGGAUGUCUAUAUCAUCCAAUCUGGCGGCGGCAAAGUCAACGACCACUUGCUAGAGCUCCUCAUCACCAUUUCCGCCUGCAAGACCGCCUCGGCACGACGAGUAACCGCCGUUCUCCCUCUCUUCCCCUACUCCCGCCAAAGUGAUAUCCCAUACGACAAGGCCGGUGCUCCUCUCGUCAAGGCUGGUGCUCCUGGCCGCCCCGCUAAUGGCGGUUACACCUUUGAGAGCACUCCUCCCACCCCUGGUCCCGGCAAGCCCGAGGGCCUCGGUUUGAUGAAUGGGAUGGAAAACCUCCAGAAGGGCCUAGCCAGAGCUCAGAUCGAGGAAAGCACUGGCAGUCCCGUGAAGCGCCGCAACGGUCUGCCCCGCAGCGACACCACAGAUUCCCUCAAGUCCGCGUCCAAUGGAGCCGACGAGGCUGCCAGCAAUACUUCCUCGAAGAUCAACUCCUUCCAGCCGCGCCCUGGAUACAAGCAAUGGGUUGCGCAAGCCGGUACCCUGGUCGCAGACUUGCUUACCUGCGCUGGCGCCGAUCACAUCAUCACCAUGGAUUUGCACGACCCGCAAUACCAAGGAUACUUUGAUAUCCCAGUCGACAACCUCUACGGCCGACCCCUCCUCAAGAGCUACAUCCAGCGCAACAUUCCCAACUACAAGCAGGCUGUCAUUGUCAGUCCCGAUGCUGGUGGUGCCAAGCGCGCUACUGCGAUUGCGGACCAAAUGGGCAUGGAGUUUGCUUUGAUUCACAAGGAGCGCCGCCCUACCAAGAUCACAGACCGCCAGAAUGCCACCAUGAUGUUGGUCGGUGACGUCCGUGACCGGAUAGCCAUUCUGAUCGAUGACCUGGCGGACACCUCAAACACCAUCACUCGGGCCGCCAAGCUCCUCAAGAAGGAGGGCGCAUCCCAAGUCUAUGCCCUGGUCACCCACGGUAUCCUGAGCGGUGACGCCAUUGAGCGUAUUAACGCUAGCGCCCUUGACAAGGUGGUGGUGACCAACAGCGUGGACCAGCAGGAGCACCUGCGCCUGUGCCCCAAGCUCGAGGUCCUUGAGGUCGGCCACGUUUUCGCCGAGGCUAUCCGCCGUGUGCACCACGGUGAAAGUAUCAGCGUUCUCUUCCAGUAUGACUGA